AUGCUUUAUGUAAGGCAUCGAUUGACUGCUCAAACUACCUACUCAUGUAAUGCUAGUGCUGUAUGUGGCUGUUCGGCCAACUCAGCCACAUUGAACAGAAUCUUGGGUGGAGAAGAUGCGAGUUCAAAUACAUGGGGAUGGAUGGUCUACCUUAUAAUCAAUGGAAGUUUGCAAUGUGGUGGGUCGAUUCUUUCUAGCACAUGGGUACUUACUGCGGCUCACUGUAUACCUCAAGGAUCGACGUCAGUUACGGUCAUUGCUAUUGGAUGGGGAAAAUUAUCUGAAAAUUUAUUGAUGAUACCAAGUACUCUUCAACAAGUGACUCUGAAAACUGUUUCCUACAUGGAUCCGACUUGUGCUUCGAUAAUUAUGGAUCGAAAUCUUCACUUCUGUGCUGGAGUUGAUGGUGGGGGUAAAGGUACUUGUCAAGGAGACAGUGGCGGUCCAAUAAUGAUGUUUGAAAAGACAUGGUAUGUAAUUGGUAUUGUCAACUAUGCAAUUGGUUGUGCAAGAGCAAACUACUCCGGAGUCUAUGCUCGUGUUGCUUACUACCAAAGUUGGUUAGACUCGGUCAUGAAGGGCGAUAGUUCCGGCUUUACUCUACGAGCGAUUUCUUUAACCCAACAAACUAGCGACGCUCGUUGCAAUAAUCAUUAUCCGUGGUUAAUUUUCUUCAUGUUGACUAUUAUAGGAUUUUUGAUAUCAUCUUGA